GCAGAGCACAGGCUGUCUAUAGAAAACCAGGCGGCUGCAUAUGGAUAGUCCCUUGAUAUCAUUCACUUGCUGUGUAAUCUUAUUAUGCAAAGUUCUAAUCUUCACCUAGAAUGAAUGCCUCUGGGUCAGAAUAUAGUCAUAUCAGGGUUUUUGAGGUCAUGUUUUGUGAUCCUUAGCUUAUUCUUCUAAGUAGAGCUGGGAUUUAAAGGGUAUUCCCCAGACGCUAGCAGAGAUAGACAGCAGAACCUGCUGCCUUUUUGGAAGACAAGACCAACAUGAGGUCCCUGGUAGGAUUAAACUUGAUUUGUAGCUGUAGGAUUUUUUAACAGAUGUAUUAUUGGACAGGGAAUAGGGGGCCACCAGCACAGCAAAAUUGAAUCACGACUGGCAUUCUCAGGGAGUUUGCUGCCUGCUAAAACAGCAGCUGCAUGUGGAUUUGACUUCUUUCAGGUGAAGCGACUUCCAGUCAUUUGGAAAGGAUGGGAUGAAAAGGAACCUUGGUGAUAAUUUUGAUGUCUGCAAGAUUUAGUACCAGUGUAAUGGGAUUAUCGGUAACACCUUCACUGCAGAAAAAGCCACCUGGCGCUAUAACUGGCAGCAACUGAGAACUAAUCCUUUCCCAUCUCUUGGAUGUCAUUCACGAAGCUCAAAGCGAUUUCUACCCUGCUAACUGUGAUUAAUUUUAUAAACAACAACAACAAAAAAAAUCAGGCCAAUGGUGGCAGAGUCUGCAUAGAACUAUGCUUCGUGGUGUUCUGGGAAAAACCUUUCGACUUGUUGGCUAUACUAUCCAGUAUGGCUGUAUAGCUCAUUGUGCUUUUGAAUAUGUUGGUGGUGUUGUCAUGUGUUCUGGACCAUCAAUGGAGCCUACAAUCCAAAAUUCAGAUGUUGUCUUUGCAGAAAAUCUUAGUCGACAUUUCUAUGGUAUCCAAAGAGGUGACAUUGUGAUUGCAAAAAGCCCAAGUGAUCCAAAAUCAAACAUUUGUAAAAGAGUAAUUGGUUUGGAAGGAGACAAAAUCCUCACCAAUAGUCCAUCAGAUUUCUUUAAAAGCCAUAGUUAUGUGCCAACAGGUCAUGUGUGGUUAGAAGGUGAUAAUCUACAGAAUUCUACAGAUUCCAGGUAUUAUGGACCUAUUCCAUAUGGACUAAUAAGAGGACGUAUCUUUUUCAAGAUUUGGCCUCUGAGUGAUUUUGGAUUUCUGCGUGACAGCCCUAAUGGCCACAGAUUUUCUGAUGAUUAGCAAGCAUUUAUUCUUUUGAUUUCAUUAUUCUCUCCUAUUCAAGUGAAUUUAUCAUUGCCACUGAAACCAUGUACUUACUAAUAAACUAUUUGCUAUUUA